AUGGACCUGGUUCAGUCAGCCUCCCCAGACAUCACAGUCACUCGGGGGUCCUUGAAGAAAGUUCCCAGUGUCCUGAGCAGCCUCGUGGAGGAACCUAAAAAAAGACCUGCUGUCCCACAUCACCUGCUGGAAUCAAAGAUUUAUUCAGAGAGUCAGAGGAGCAGGGUUGUGCAGCCUGAGCCUGCCGUGUUACACUAUGGAGGGUAUGAAAUUGGAAAACAUCAUCAACAGAUGCUGAAGCUGAUAAAUAUUUCUACCAAUGCAGUAAACCUUCACAUAAUACCACCCCAGACGAUGUAUUUUCAGAUCAAAUACAACAAAGCACACCGCCUUGUCCCUGGUUUGUCCCUUGUGGUCACUGUUGAUUUUUGCCCUGAUGAGUGGAGGUAUUACUAUGACUGCAUCCGAAUUCACUGUGAGGGAGAUGAUACCUUACUUAUUCCCAUGCAUGCUUACCCUACAGUGAAUGUUGUAGAAUUUCCAUCAUUUAUAAAUCUCUCUGAUGUAUCAAUUGGUGAGAGUAAGGAGUAUGUUAUCCCACUGCAGUGCAGCUGUCCCAUAGAUUUUGAAUUCCACAUUGAUAUUAUUCAGCCUCACAGAGCCUUCACUGUCCAGCCAACAUUUGGAAUCAUUCCAGCCAAUGGAAAAGUCAAAGUAACUGUGAAGUAUUCCCCACUGGAGUAUGGAACAGCACAAAUGGCAAUGCAGUUACAGAUUUCAGAGUUUCACUCAAAACCCUAUGUGUGUGUAUUCACAGGAACAUCAAUACCACAUGUGGCUCUGAUAAAAGAAUAUAUUGAUGAACAACAAAGUCAUCCAGAGAAAAAAGCUGUGUCUGGAAAACCUGUGUUGUGGAGAAGAGACCGGUUCAGCCAACUACAGUCGAAGCCUGUUCAAAAACUAAAGGAAAUUGAAUACCAGAACCUCAGAUUCCCCACAGACUUGUCAAAUCCGUAUGCUGUAGCUACUGUUUUGAUUCAGGAACCAGGCAAAUUGAAGUUAAAGGACGUAAAAGAAGCCCUGUCCCAAGGCAAAGAAGGAAAAAAAACAAGGCAGGUGAAGGAUGCUAUAUUUCAACUAAAAGUCAAACAAAAUGUUCAGGAAGAGGAAGCAAAUCAUCUAAAGCGGCAAGUUCACAAGGGAAGUGAUCCAAUCUCUGCAGAGCUUAAAAAAGAGAUUAUUGAAAGCCGACAAAGGGAAGAAGAGCAAUACAGGCUCCAAAGAGGAGAUCCUAUCAUAGAACAGGAGUUUCAGAGGGGUGAAGUGGAAGUUUCCUCCAGACGUGUUACCCGGCAUGUUGACCAGCAACCAAGUGUCCAUCCCACAUUCGACUUGCUCCGUAAUGACCCUUGGGACAGCAGAAAGAGGAUGUUCAGGAAAUUCCAGCAAGCAGCAUACAAGAUUCUGGUUCAGAUUCGUCUAAAACGUUUGUUGCUUCUGUUACGUGGACUGCCCAGGGAGACCAGAGGUCUGGAGGAAGGCUCUGGGUCUGAAAGCAGGAGUUUCAGCAAAGCAGAGAAGAGUGAAGAACAUAAGGACUUUUCUUCCAGAAUAUCUGAAGAUGAUAUAUUGCCUUUUGAAUUCCCCUUUUACAGGUCCCAUGAACUACACAAUUAUUUGGCACCUGAUGCUCUUGGCCCCGUUCCUAUUGAAUCUGUAGACGUGAAAGUUGAAAACAUUCUUCCAUUUUAUGACUUGAAGGUUCCUCAGCAUUGCAAGAUUAUGAAGUAUCAGCCAUUUUCUACACACUAUGCAGCCACAAGUUACAAACCUGUAAAACUUUCCCGACCACUGAGGCAGGGAGCCCAGGAUGAAUUGAAUGAAGUAACCCCUUCUCCUGAGGGGCAGCUCUCCCAGAGGAGAGAUUUUGACAAAGAAGCAGCAGAAGGAGAUAUCAGCCUGUUAAGCCUGGUUCCUCCCCAAACUUUAGUCCACCCAAGGGAGAGCAACCCUCUUCGCAUUUUUAACCCCAUUCCAGGAUUAGUUCCAUUUUUACUUCCUUUGGCCUAUUGUGAAUCAGAUAUUGAAUAUCAUCUUUGUCCUCAUCCAAAAUAUGCUGUUACCAAGGAAUGCCCCAGAGGAUCCAGUAUUCCAGUCACACAGAAGAAAUUUCUGGAUCACACGGAAGUGAUUUGUGGAGUAAUGGAAUGGCGAAAAUUCUCACCAGUGGAGUAUUCCACUUUUUCUAACAUUCCCAUAUUGUCAAAUACAGUACUUAGGGAUCCUUACAGUUCAGAUUUGCUUCCAGCAGAUCUACCACCAGUGCUGAAUGACUUACCUGAGAGAGACAAGGAGAACAUAAUUGACCAUGAGACAGAUGGAGCUGCGUUCAACAUGAUUCUUACUCCAGAGAUGGUGAAAGCUGAAUUUCCACAGGUUGAGGGGGCACUCUCAGAAGAAUAUGAAGGACAAUCAAUAAAAAUAGAAAGUGAUAUAGGGCUGGAUAGUGCUUUCCCUGGAGACCAACAAAAUGGUCCAGAUGGACAUUUUCAACUCCAGAACAGUGAGAUGGGAGAGAAAAUUCAAAAACAUCUGGAGACAUUGAAGCUGAAAGCACUUAAUAAAACCCUUAUUCUGGGAUAAAAAUAAUUUUACAAAGUUCAUGGCCUGACCCUGCUUAUCCUGUUAAUGUAUGAGGCCUCUCCUGUCCCAGCUACAUUUACUUUUGUUCAGUGAGGUCAGCAACUUCAUAUGCAAAGAGAAGAGAACCACCAGUAAUGCCACCUCUGUCAAGGACUCUCACUGUGCUCACUACCCCAAACACAAGAAUUACUCCAGUGAGAAACCUCAUCCUUGGACCUGCUUAUUUUGUUGUGGUGUGAAGGACCAGAAAACCUUAGUACUACCAUGUAAAUAGUUUGGUAAUUA